UAAUUGGCAUGUUUGUGGCUUGCUGAUUCGAUUUGAAUUUCAUAUUUCGUUACCUAUAUAAAGUUUCCUAAAAUGAUAACAUUGAAAAAAAGGUGGCGCCGCCUCACCGCCGGCGGUCGCAACCCGCCCCCGCCUUGCGCAGGCGCACCCUCACGGCGCGCGGCCGCCUCUCGGUCGGCGGCGGUCGGCCGCCCCGCAAUCGAUACGGGCGCCGACAGUUUCGGGAGUGGCGAUCGACGUGUGGCGGACGAGGUCCCGCAAUUGCGACAGCGAGAGAUGCAGCCGCCGCCAAGAAAGGGCAAUUAUGUGAAAUUUCUCAAGAACCUCCAUACAGAACAGAUAAACAAGCUGAUACUGAAAAAUCAACACGAGUGCGAUCUUCUCGAAGACAUCAGGUCCUUCAUCAUCAAACGAUCAGCCAUCGAAAAAUCCUACUCUGAAGCCCUUCUUAAAAUAUCGUCGGCGUAUUUGAACAAGAAAAUACCGAAUAUUCCCGAUAUUAAAUUGGAAGGAGGAGAAGAAAAAUGGAAUAUGUGGAACGUUUGGCGAACUGUGCUAGAAGAGAACGAGAAAUUAGCUAGGGCUCGGUUGGCGGCCGUUGAAGUAUUCCAGCAACAAAUAGCGGAUGAUGCCAAGGUGUUGAGGGCUCACAAGAUUCAAGCCGCCAAAAAGUGCAUAGAUCAACUAGCGAUGGUUCAGAAAGAAGUUCAGCUUUGCGUGCAAGAUGUCGAUAAAACCAAGAAAUUAUAUUUCGAUGAAGAACACGGGGCACAUGAAGUUAGAGAUAAAGCAAGGGAUAUUGAAGAGAAGCUUAAAAAGAAGAAAGGCUCAUUUUUCCAAUCGAUCACGUCUCUGCAAAAGAACAGUGCGAAAUUCUCAUCAAAAAGAGAUCAGCUCGAGGAGAAAUCAUCGGGAGCCAGAAACGACUAUUUAUUGUGUCUUGCUGCCGCAAAUGCACAUCAAACCAGGUACUUCGUCGUCGACCUGCAACUGUGCAUGACCACCAUGGAGAGCGGCGUGUACGACAAAGUGGCCGAAUACCUGCACCUGAUGAGCCGCACCGAGCUUCUCACCUGCUCCGCCACCCAGAACAGCUUCACCACCGUUCGCAACCAGGCGAAGCAGCUGACGCGCGACUACAACCUCCAGUGCUGCUACCUGUACUACCCCGUGCUGAAGCAGCACAUCAACUACGAGUUCGAGCCGUGCGACAGCGACCCCGUCGAUCACGUGACCGCCGAGCACGACUCUGCCGCGGCUGCGCUGAGCAAGGAGGCUCGCAGGUGGGCGACGAAAAUCGCGCGGGAGAAUAACAACGUUAGGGAGUACGUGCGGAAAGUGCAGAUUUUCAAUGCGCUAAGGGAGGCUGGGCAGAAGGUGGACCCGAACGACCCGAACGGCCCCGACCUCGACACGAAGAUCGACGAGCUGAAGCAGAACGUACGGCGCGCCGAGACGGCCAAGGCGAAAGCCGAGGCAAGGAUAGAAUGUUUGCGAGCCGGAGGAGUCAACGUCGACGAGUGGAUGCAGGAGGCGGAGUCGCUGAACGUGCAGGACAUCCAGCGCUCCACCAGCAGCCUAUCGGAUCAUCCUAGUUCGGAUUCAUUUUACGACAGCGACUUCGCCGACGCAGAAUCGCCAGCCAUACCAACGGAUGUGGCAACCAGGGCGGAUAGUCUCAAGGGGGAGGAACAGCGAAGGGACUCGGAUCAUUUCGAGAGCGGUGCCGAGGUCGAUGCCAUGAUGGAGCAGGAGAGACAACGGAUAGAACAGUUGACAGCCGGUUGGGACGAUCCCAUUCAAGUGGACUGGGGUACUGAAGAUACGACCGAGGAUACCGAGGAAUCUGGUCGACCGGAGAAAACAUCUUCGGUCCCACUUCUGAAAUGCACCGCGUUAUAUUCUUAUACAGCACAAAACCCCGACGAACUCACCAUCGUCGAGAACGAGCAGCUCGAAGUGGUGGGAGAAGGUGACGGCGAUGGCUGGUUGCGCGCACGCAACUACCGCGGCGAGGAGGGUUUCGUGCCGCAAAACUACCUGGACGUGGAACGCGAGCAAUCGGCCACCACGCCGGGAUUGGUCCAGCAGAUCUCCUUCUCCUCGGUGGAUUACACGGUGGACAACGAGGAGGACGUGUCGCAGCAGCGGACGGAGACCACGCAGUCGCCGGAGCAGGUGUCGGUGAUCUCGUUGCCGCAGAAGACGCCGGACGGGGUGGCGCCGAAUUUCUGCGUGGCCUUGUACGAUUACGAGGGGGAGGGCGGCGAGGAGCUCUCGUUCGAAGAGGGCCAGAUCAUCCGCAUCCUCAGCCGGUGCGCGCACAGCAUCGACGACGGCUGGUGGCAGGGCGAGUACGACGGUCACGUGGGCAACUUCCCCUCCCUCGUCGUCGAGGAGUGCGACGCGUUUGGCGAACCGCUGACCGGCGACGACGAGGACGACGCGACCACGCCCCGGUCCGCCCCGCCCCUUUUCACGCCUACCGGCUGCGAGGAGGAGAGCGUGGGGGGCGUGGCUUCGUCGCCGCCUGCGCAACCGCCUCCCGCGCUGCCCGAGGGCGUGGAGGUGGAGGAGGGGAUGGUGAACGGAGACGAUGCGGAGGCUCAUGAGGACAGCCUGUUCGCCAUGUCACUAUCCCGGGACCAACAUCAGCAUUACGGAAGUCAAUUCAGUCCUAAUUCGUCCAUACCGACAAUCGACGUACCCAGCGUAGAAAUAAUCAACGAGGACGGAGACGAAGUAGCUCAAACCGAUGACACGGAAGCAGGCGCAGAUUUCGGCCUGUGCGCCGCCUCCAUCGUUAUCACCGCCGCCACACCCAUGAUCGAGGAGGCGGAGCGACCGUUCCCACCCACGGAAGAGGAGAACCACCGGGAGGUGCGAGAAGCGAACCAACGGGAGGAGGGAGAAGUGAACCACCAGGAGGAGGGAGAAGCGAAACACCAGGAGGAGGGAGCAGUGAACUACCGGGAGGUGGGAGGAGUGAACCACCGGGAGGAGGCGGAACCCGGCGAAGGGGAGGCGGAGCAAGAGGAGGUGGGGGAAGCGAAGAGAGGGGCGUGUAGGGGCCACACCAGGAGAGACCAAUCGGAGGAGGGGGAAGACCAGAUCGAGGAUCAUCAUGUGGAUGCGCCUUUUGUAGUGAGCAGUAGCACAGGAAGCGAUGGCGAGACGACGGGCCCCAGCACGGCUGAGAACUCGAUCAGCCAAGCGCCCCCUGUCGUCGACAGCGAACCCAAACAGGUGGUGGGGGGCAGAGCGAGCAUCCCCGACGAGCUGGAACCGCACCAGCUCGCCCGACUGCAAGACCUGAAGGAAUCCAACGCCUAGAGCACCGUAUAGAAGGGUUUACUUCUAUACACCGUAUAGAAGUAAGCACGUAAACGUGUACGAGUGUUUACUUUGAUGCGGUGCCCGGAGGUAACGUUUCGUCGGAGACGUUUGUCACUUCAUUCGAGGAGGUCGAGGGUCGAGAUGGCUGUGGACAGAUGACGCUAGGGUAUAGGUCGCGUGCACGAUUACUGACCCUGGAGGUGAAACAUUGGAACACAACCUCACUUUUUUUUAUUUGUUUACAUAGGAAUCCAAGGAUUGAAAUAGUUUUUUACGAUAUUUUUCUCAUUGUGCUGUUGUACAAUGCACAAAAAAUGCAGCGAGAGACGAAGGAAUAUCAUUUUUCAGGUAAAUAGUAAUAUCACAUAGUUUGAAUUAUGAAAUUUCGUCAUUUCUUAUUAAAAUUCCUUCUGCCACUUCUGCAAUAGAAGCUAAAACUGCUAAUAGAUUGAAAAUGUCCACAACUCACACGAUCAUAUUUCAUCAGCAUGUCAGACCAGUCCUCCCGUUUGAUUGCAUGAAUCCAAUCUUAUUCUUGCAUUCUUUUGUAAAUUUCACGAGUAUCUCUAUUAGCUCCUAUUGCAGAAGGAAUCACGAUGAGAAAUCAGAGAAAUUACCAAAUUUCAAAAUGAAAACUAUAUGUGAGUAACUAUAGUAGGUACUUACUUUCAAUUCAUAAAGUACCAUCCGAAUUCCUUCGUCUCUUGCUGCAUUUUAGUGCAUUGUACAACAGCACAAUGUGAUGGCAUGCGCGAAUUAAUGAAUAGCCGAAAAACACGAUUCGUAUGCCAAAAUAAUUGUGAAAAACUAUUUCAAUCAUUUGUAAACAAAUAAGAAAACUGAGGUUGUAUUUCAAUGUUUCACCUCUAGGGUCGGUUAUCUGACAGUUCUUGCACGCAACCCAUUCGGUGGCAACAUUGCAUUGGGAGGAAGGUUCCGUGUUUUCGUUUUGGUGGCGCAACGGUAGAUGUUUCUGGGAUGACAUAAUUUGAGGUGUUCUUUGAGCCUAGGUACAAUGAAUCUCCUAGUUUGACCUAACAGGGGGUCCCAAAAUAACGUUCGUAUACUCCAGGAGGUAACUCUGCAGAUUAAAAUGAGAAAAUAUGUUCUAUCAACGUCGGAAAAUGUUUCAUAAGGGCGCUAGAUCCUUUUGAAGGUAGGUCCUUAUAGGUUUUAAUUUGGAAAGACAAUUAACCCACCACUGCUACCACUUUUAGAAAUCUUAUUUUAACAACACUGAUUGGGGUACUGUUAUCAAGUAUUGAAUCGCACAGGAUUCUGUGAAAGCUGAGAUUCCCGCUGAUACCGAUAGAUGGCCUGAAGAAGCCAGCUCCCAGUGCGAUGUUGCCAACGAAUACAUGAGCAGUGUCUGUCUAGAGCGUUUCUGAUCUAUGGAGGAAGUCAUAGAUCUUGUAUGCUUCUUUAUUAAACGCAACUCGUGAACGGUCAGACAUAUUGGUUAGAAAAAUAUGAUGAAUCGCGCGUAUAUUUGUACCUUAUUUGUUAUUCGUUAGUGGACCGAUGAUAUUUUCACGUUAGUUAUGUGACUAGUUGGUACUUAGAGGUUUUUUAAUAUUGUCUGUCUAUGAGUAAAAGAAGCUCCUGAAUUUUACUCAUGGCGAUAAGGUACUGUACAAUUCUUAUUCUUCCAUUUUUUGUUAUUGAUUUAUUAAUAUCUGAACGGCCUUGAUAUGUUUAGUUUCGUUUCAACAGUCAUGUUUGCCAUCGAAAGAAGAGAUAACAUUAUGUAUUAUAUCGAAAGUACCUCAUAUGGCAAAGAUAUUUGACAUAAAAACGCACUGGUAUUAAAGAUUGAACUAAAAGCACACUCACUUUGAAAUAAGAUCGCACGCUCACAUGUAUGGUGUCAUUAUUAUAUUAGUUGGUACUCAUUGUCAACUAUACUCGGUUUUCACACUAUAUUCAUCCUUAUAGAAGUUCGGUUUCUGCAUUGUUUUCAGAUAAAAGGAGUAUUCUCAACUAAUUUAGAUGUGCAUGUUACUUUCCAGUAUGCUUCUUAAUGACCUACAAGUACCAACACAUUGUGACCAAGGUGGAUAGAAUAUGGUGUAAUCACGGACAGUGUUUUGUUUCUCCCAAAACGCUUGACCGCAGAUUCCACAAUAAUGGCAUAUUAGUUCUCAGUUGUCCUCAAGAUGGCCAACACUUUUUACAGAUUUCUUUCAUGACAGAAAAUGGCGCUUACACACCGCUUGCACCAGAAAUAAUAAUAUUAUAACAUUCAUAACAUAACCUCAAAUCAAAUGAGAUUAAAUUCGAAAGUACGAAACUGUAACUUUGGGGGAUUUUAAUUAUCAUCAGUUCUACCAAUCUUGAAUUUUGGUUGAGAUUUCGCCAUCUAACGGGUAAAAUGCGACCAAUAUUCCGCGAUAUUGAAAAGAAUCCUUCUGUCAAGUAGGCCGUAGGUCAAGAACUUUGACCGAAAAAACAGUAGAUGGGAUUUGAUACGAGUUUCUACACCAUCUUCUGUUCACCCUGAUUGUGAUUUGUGACAUACGAAAGACAGAUGAACAUAUCAAGGCAGGCACAUUCUCCAAUCCUAUGAUUACGACUAUGUAGACUACAUAGUUUUAUUAUAUUAUGAAGAAUAGACUGACAGCAGUGCAAUAAUGGGUACAGAGACUUGAUUAUGCACAUUGUUUGACUUGAGCAUGGACUGGUUUACAGAAACAGCUGUGAUCCUAUCUGAAUCGGUGAAAGAUAAAUUGUCUGAAUUAUUGCUUGUGUCUGUAAUCUGGUCUUGCAACAUUUGAUGAUAUUUUCGAACCUAGCAAUAAUCUGAUUUUGUAAAUAAACCGUUUGAUGUUUUAGUUUGGAUGGAAUUGUUUACGUAUACGCGAACGCGAGAAAGAGGCAAAACUACGUUUUUAUUUGCGAUGUCUUAUGUCAACAAUGUCUUUGAUUUGUGCAAUCUAGAUUGUUGAGAUAUAUAUUGGAUCUUUCUUUUAUUUGAUUCAGACCAGGGAAGAGUCCCUCUUAUCCUGAUAUCUAUUAUGAAACAAAAU